AGUUGGGAAAGUUUUUUAGAACAAGUUAGAGUUGAAGACGAAGGCACACUUGUAUGCAAUGAAGCAGAACUUCGAGUUUGUAGUGAAGAAGUCAGGUACUGAAGUUUGGUAUAUCACUUGCAAGGAUCCUGAUUGUGGGUGGAGAUUGAGGGGGAAGAGAAUUCCUAAAUCUGAUAUGUUCGAGAUAACUCGUUUCACCAACAAGCACACUUGCUCACUUGACCUCCGACAUAAAGGCCAUCGCCAAGCUGCACCUUGGGUUAUUGGUCAUUGCAUAAAGAAAAAAUAUCAGACUGGAUCGAAUGCGUACAUGGCAAACAACAUAAGAGAGGACAUUAAGAAUGAUUAUGGCAUUGAGUUGUCAUAUGGAAAAGCUUGGAGAUGCCGAGAGAAGGCUCUUUCUUAUGUCAGAGGGACACUGGAAGCAUCCUACCAGAAGUUACCAUCGUACCUGUUCAUGCUUCAACAGAAAAAUCACGGGACGUUGACAGAUUUUGUCACUGAGGAAGAUCGAUUCAAAUAUUGCUUUUUCUCACUCGGAGUUAGUAGAAGAGGGUUUCGUACAUGUCGUCCUGUGUUAUGUGUGGACGGUACCUUUUUAAAGACAAAAUACGGUGGGCAGAUGUUAUGUGCAGUCGCACUGGAUGCAAAUAACCAUCUAUAUCCAGUUGCAUUUGGUAUUGUGGAUAGUGAGAAUCAUGAUUCUUGGAAGUAUUUCAUGUCAAAGCUAAAAGAAGCGAUUGGGGAAGUCGAGGACCUGGCGUUUGUAUCUGAUAGGCAUGCAAGUAUUACACAUGCCUUGGAAACUAUUUUCCCCGAUGCCUAUCACGGUGUUUGCUACCACCACAUUAGUAUGAAUGUGGUUGCUAAAUUCAAGACUGAUCAUUGUCAUGUGUUGAUGUAUAAUGCGGCAUAUGCUUUUAGGAAAUUCGAGUUCCACGCUAACUUCGAAAAAAUCAAAUCAAAAGACCCAGCCAUUGCUCAAUACCUAGAAGGAAUGGGUUUUGAUAAGUGGUCCCGUGCUUACUUUCCUGGAAAUAGGUAUAAUAUAAUGACAAGCAAUUACGCUGAAAGUUUCAACAAUAAGACCCGGGACGCUAGGAGCUUUCCGAUAACUACAUUCGUCGAAUUUAUUCGCUUCACACUACAGUCCUGGUUCUGUAAUAGGAGAGAAACUAGCGAGAAGACAACUACCACUCUUGCACCGACCUAUGAGAAAAAUUUGGUGGAUAUGGCUGAGAAAGCUCGAUUCUUGAUUCCUUAUGCAAUAGGGAGGCAUGAGUUCCAUGUGUUAGAUGGUGAGUUGAAUGGUGAAGUCGACCUCCUGAAUAAGACAAGCACAUGCGGCGUGUUUCAGAUUAUUGGUAUCCCAUGUGCUCAUGCACUAUCUGGAUCCCUUAAGCGAGGGGUGAACUUUUAUUCGUUGUGUUCAGAUUACUAUAAAAUUGAGACAUGGAGGUCCUCUUACACAGAAUCUAUAUAUCCUACUGGUAACGAGGAAGAGUGGAUUGUUCCACAUGACAUUAUGACAAUAACAGUGAGAGCACCUGCGCAGAAAAACCCGGUUGGUCGUCCAAAGAAGAAACAAGGUAGGCCUAAGACGAAACGCCAUCCUUCCAAUGGAGAUAAAUUGGUUGUUCCACGUAAGUGCAGCACUUGUGGAGGUCUAGGCCAUAAUAGGGCAACUUGUAAAGUUCGUGUUUGAAAUUUAUGGCAUCAAUGUUAAACUUUUUAUUUGGGUACUAAUGGUCUUUGUUACUCUUUUUAUUUGUGUAUUGAUGGACUUUGUUACUCUUUUUAUUUGUGUAUUAAUGGACUUUGUUACUCUUUAUAUUUGUGUAUUAAUGGACUUUGUUAAUCGAAACGACAUUUU